CGGAGGAGGCGGCGGGCGGUCGACCGGUUCGGCAGCGCUGUCACACUGGAAGAGCAGAGCCGGGGGGCCGCAUGGAGAAGGCGGGUGGCUCCCCGUGGGCCAUGGGGCUGCUGAAGACCUUCGACUCUGGCGAGUUCGUCAGCUGGGAGAAGAUUGGCUCCGGGGGCUUCGGGCAGGUGUACAAGGUCCGCCACGUCCACUGGAAAACGUGGCUCGCCAUCAAGUGCUCGCCCAGCCUGCAUGUGGAUGAGAAAGAGCGCUUGGAACUGUUGGAAGAAGCCAAGAAAAUGGAAAUGGCAAAGUUUCGUUACAUCCUUCCAGUUUAUGGCAUUUGUAAGGAGCCAGUGGGCUUGGUCAUGGAAUAUAUGGAGACAGGGUCGCUGGAAAAGCUCCUGGCCUCAGAACCGCUACCUUGGAAGCUGCGCUUCCGAAUCAUCCAUGAGACAGCUGUGGGCAUGAACUUUCUUCAUUGUAUGUCUCCACCCCUGUUACAUCUGGACCUUAAGCCUGCAAACAUAUUACUUGAUGCUCAUUAUCAUGUCAAGAUUUCUGAUUUUGGAUUAGCCAAGUGCAAUGGUCUUUCUCAUUCCCACAAUCUCAGCAUUGAUGGACUUUGUGGCACAAUUGCAUAUCUGCCUCCUGAACGCAUUAAAGAGAAGACCAGAUAUUUUGACACCAAGCAUGAUGUCUACAGUUUUUCCAUUGUUAUCUGGGGAGUCCUCACACAGAAGAAGCCUUUUUCAGAAGAAAAUAACAUUCUACAUAUUAUGGUGAAAGUUGUUAAUGGCCACCGUCCAGAAUUGCCAGCUCCCUCUAAAUCCAGUCCCCACGUGUGUAAUAAUUUGAUCAAACUGAUGCAAAAGUGCUGGCAGGACGACCCUAACAGGAGACCAACGUUUCAAGAAAUCACUUCUGAGACAGAAGAUCUUUACGAAAAACCAGAACAUGAAAAUAAAGAAGUGAUAGUUCAGGAAGAUGCAAAGAAUACUCAAGAGUUGUACUCUCAGGAAAUGUCUGUAUUAUCCCAACUGAAACAGGCGUCUGAUCCCACAUCGGUUAAGGAUUUCAGUCUCUCAGAGUUGUUGUCCCAGCUGGAUUCAGGAAUUUCACAGACAGAAGAGCCUGAAGAGCUCAGCCGCUGUGCCUCUGAAUCCAGGCUUGCUUCCAGCGAUAAGAGGCUUUCUGGAGUGUCUUCCGUGGACUCGGCAUUUUCUUCACGAGGUUCCUUGUCACUAUCAUUUGAGAGAGAGAAUUCUGGGAGUGAUAUUGGCACAACUGAUAUUCAGAAAAGAAAGCUGACAGAGGCGAUCAUAUCUGGGGACACAGGCAAACUGAUGAAGAUUCUUCAGCCUCAGGAUGUUGACCUUGUUUUAGAUGGCAACUCCAGCCUUCUGCAUUUGGCAGUUGAGUCAGGCCAAGAAGAAUGUGUCAAGUGGCUUCUCCUGUAUAAUGCCAACCCCAAUAUGACCAACAAGAGAGGCUCUACUCCCCUCCACGUAGCUAUAGAGAGAAAGAACAAGAGCAUUGUGGAGCUGCUCCUGUCCAGGAAAAUUAAUGUGAAUGCAAAAGAUGAGGACCAGUGGACAGCCCUUCACUUUGCUGCCCAGAAUGGUGAUGAGUUUAGCAUGAGAAUGCUGCUUGAAAAGAAUUCCUUGCUAAAUGAAGUGGACUUUGAAGGGAGGGCUCCUAUCCACAUUGCCUGCCAGCAUGGCCAAGAGAACAUAGUGCGAAUCUUCCUCAGAAGAGGGGUUAACAUAGAUAUGAAAGGAAAGGAUGACUGGGUGCCUUUGCAUUAUGCUGCCUGGCAGGGUCAUCUACCCAUUGUAAAACUUCUGGCUAAGCAGCCAGGUGUAAAUGUGAAUGCACAGACAGUGGAUGGAAGAACCCCAUUGCACCUGGCAGCUCAGAGAGGGCAUUACAGAGUGGCCCGUAUCCUUGUAGAACUGCAGUCCAGUGUCAAUAUCAGAAAUGUGUUUCUUCAUACUGCUCUCCACAUAGCUGCUGAAACUGGUCACACCAGUACAUCUAGGCUACUUCUCAACCGGGGAGCAGAUGUGGAAGCAGUGACAGCAGAAGGGUAUACUGCCCUCCACCUGGCAGCUCGCAAUGGCCACCUGUCCACUGCCAAGCUCCUGAUUGAGGAAGGUGCUGAUAUCCUAGCUAGGGGCCCUUCAAACAGGACGGCACUUCACUUUGCUGCUGAAAAUGGACAUGAUGAAGUUGUAGAGGAACUUCUCAACUCAGAAAAUAUAAAUGAUCCUGAUGAGGAGGGGUCAAUAGCUCUACAUCUUGCAGCAAAAGGUGGACACACUCAUGUGGUUGAGGUUCUCUUAAAGCAUGGUGCCCUCACCAAUGCACAAAACCUUGCAUUUCAGACCCCAUUGCAAUUGGCUAAGCAAAGUGGGAACAGUGCUAUGAUCAUGCUGUUCAGUGAAACAUAAGUAAACAGAUGGUGCUUGCUUGGGUGUUGAUCUUUCCAAUGAGACUGUGGAGACUGCAAACUGCCUUUGCAGGGAGGUCCUCUUGGACUGCUGUUAUGGAACAUACUUAUAUUUUGUGGGCCAAUCUGAAUUCCGGCCAAGCAGAAGCUACCUGUAGCAGUGCUGGCAAAUCAACUGAGUGAGCAUGGAAGCAAGAGCCAGCAAAAUCAUGAGCACAGUCUGCUACUUUCCUAAAUGCAGAGUUGAGCAAGCCUUAUGUAACGAUACUGUAUUUCUGGUCCUUCAGAGCAAAGAGGGGCUUGACUCUCUCCAUGGUGUGAGGAGCAUCUUUAAAUAGGGUUAAGCAAAUGCUUGUCUUUUGUAAUGUAAAGUCCAAUAUCUAAUAUUUCAAUUGUUUUUUACAUUUAUAUAAAUGAUUAGAGGGGCAUAAUGCCACUCUAGAACAUUUUUGAAAUAAUUUGUGUAUAUUUUCAUUAUGUAAAAGUCAGUCUGAAAAUUGGCAUUGAUGGAAGAAAGUAGUUUUAAUCUGUUCUUGAAAUGCCGGAUUCCUAAAGCACAAGGGGGGGGGGUUGGAGGGGGGGGGAAGAAUGUGUAAAAGACUGAUUUCAGUGCCUCACAUUUCUGUAUUCUAAGACGGUAACAGUUUUCCAUGGUUGUCAUUGGCUAGUGCUUGCAGUAAGAACUGUAAGCCUCCUAAUGCUAAGUCUAGGGAGUGUUACAUAGAAAUUCAUUUCUGAAAUACAGCGCUAGCUUAUGUCUAUACAGGGUGUCAGCACUGGAAACGAGUGCCAGAAGGCAACUUGGAACCCACAAAAGCAGGUGGAGGCCCAGAUAUGGCACAUUCUCCCACUCUGUUGACCUUAAUAGUAUUUGUCCUUUGUGCUGCUUUAAUAGUUUUUCAGGGUCCUCAAUCCCCAAGCUGAUGUUGGAGUGUGGUGGGGCCAAUGCUCCCCAAAAAUUAAGCACCUGGAGGGCCAAAUAAAAAAAAAUUCAGUCUGUGCCCUCAGGUACACCACCUCUGGUGCAUACAGAUGAUGUUGUUGAUGGCUGUAUAUCAAUAUGAAUGGAAUGAAAUGUAAAAAAGGGGUGGUUGUUGUGGGUUUUCCGGGCUGUAUUGCCGUGGUCUUGGCAUUGUAGUUCCUGACGUUUCGCCAGCAGCU